UCAAACACCCAUGCUGCUGGACUUGUGCUCUACCCUUUCAGUUUACUUUGCAGAAGUUACUCAUGGGCGGAGCAUCUAGCCAUCCUGAUUUCCUAAACUGACUUUCAACUUCCCUUUGGGGCAAGUCUUUCCCUGCCGUGACCGUGACCACUGUUCAUAGCAGAGAGGAACUGGAUGGUACGGUAAACACUUCUCUUCGAGUCAGUUGACUCCAGAAAGAAAAAACAUGAGACUGUCAGCAAGAAUUAUUUGGCUUAUAUUAUGGACUGUUUGUGUAGCAGAAGAUUGUAAAGGUCCUCCUCCAAGAGAGAAUUCAGAAAUUCUAUCAGGAUCAUGGUCAGAAAAACUAUAUCCAGAAGGUACCCCAGCUACCUACAAAUGCCGCCCUGGAUACCGAACUCUUGGUACUAUUACAAAAGUAUGCAAGAAUGGAGAAUGGGUGCCUUCUAAUCCAUCCAGGAUAUGUCGGAAAAGGCCAUGUGGGCAUCCUGGAGACACACCCUUUGGGUCCUUUAGCCUGACAGUUGGAUCUGGAUUUGAGUUUGGUGCAAAGGUUGUUUAUACCUGUGAUGAGGGGUAUCAACUCUUAGGUGAAAUUGAUUACCGUGAAUGUGGUGCAGAUGGAUGGACCAAUGAGAUUCCAAUAUGUGAAGUUGUGAAGUGCUUACCAGUGACAGAGCUGGAGAACGGAAGAAUUGUGAGUGGUGCGGCAGAACCCGACCAGGAAUAUUAUUUUGGACAGGUGGUGCGCUUUGAAUGCAAUUCAGGCUUCAAGAUUGAAGGGCAGAAGGAAAUGCACUGCUCAGAAAAUGGCCUUUGGAGCAAUGAAAAGCCUCGAUGUGUGGAAAUUUCCUGCUUGCCACCACGAGUUGAAAAUGGAGAUGGUUUAUAUGAGAAACCAGUUUACAAGGAGAACGAAAGAUACCAAUAUAAGUGUAAGCAAGGAUAUGUGUACAAAGAAAGAGGGGAUGCAGUCUGCACCGGUUCUGGAUGGAAUCCUCAGCCUUCCUGUGAAGAAAUGACAUGUACCCCUCCUUAUAUUCCAAAUGGUAUCUACACACCUCACAGGAUUAAACACAGAACUGAUGAUGAAAUCACAUAUGAAUGUAAAAAUGGCUUCUAUCCUACAACCCGAUCACCUGUUUCGAAGUGUACAAUCACUGGCUGGAUCCCUGUUCCAAGAUGUAGCUUGAAACCUUGUGAUUUUCCACAAUUCAAAUAUGGACGUCUAUAUUAUGAAGAAAGCCGGAGACCCUACUUCCCAGUACCCAUAGGAAAGACGUACAGCUAUUACUGUGACUAUGGGUUUUCAACUCCUUCAGGAUCAUACUGGGACUACCUUCAAUGCACAGCACAAGGGUGGGAGCCGGAAGUCCCAUGCCUCAAGCAAUGUGCUUUCCAUUAUGUGGAGAAUGGAGAAUCUUCACACUGGGAAAGAAAAUAUAUGCAGGGUCAGUCUGUAAAAGUCGCCUGUUACAGAGGCUUUAGUCUUGCAGAUGGCCAAGACAUAAUGACAUGUACAGAGAACGGCUGGUCCCCUCCUCCCAGAUGUUUCCGUAUCAAGACAUGUUCAAUAUCAGAUAUAGAAAUUGAGAAUGGUUUCUUUUCUGAAUCUGAUUUUACAUAUGCUCUAAAUAGAAAAACAUGGUAUAGAUGUAAACAGGGGUAUGUAACAAAUACAGGAGAAACAUCUGGAUCAAUUACUUGCCUUCAAAAUGGAUGGUCACCUCAGCCCUCGUGCAUUAAAUCAUGUGAUGUGCCUGUAUUUGAGAAUGCUGUAACUAAGAAUAAUAGCACGUGGUUUAAACUCAAUGACAAAUUAGACUAUGAAUGUCAUGUUGGAUAUGAAAAUUCAUAUAAACAGACCAAGGGCUCCAUAACAUGUACUUAUAAUGGAUGGUCUGAUAUGCCCUCAUGUUACGAAAGAGAAUGCAGCGUUCCCACAUUAGACCCACAGUUAAUUGUUAAUCCCAAGAAAGUAAAAUACAGAGUUGGAGAUUUGUUGACAUUCUCUUGCCAUUUGCGAUACAGAGUUGGGCCAGAUUCAGUGCAAUGCUACCACUUUGGAUGGUCCCCUAGUUUCCCGACAUGUAAAGGUCAAGUAAGAUCAUGUGACCAACCUCCUGAAAUCCUUAAUGGGGAAAUUAAGGGAACAAAGAAAGUUGAAUACAGCCAUGGUGAUAUGGUGGAAUAUGAUUGCAGACCUAAAUUUUUACUAAAGGGACCCAGUAAAAUACAGUGUGUUGACGGGAAAUGGACAUCCUUGCCAAUAUGUGUUGAGGAGGAGAAAACAUGUGGUGACAUUCCAGAACUUGAGCAUGGCUUGGCCCAGUUAUCACUCCCUCCGUACCACCAUGGAGAUUCAGUGGAAUUCACUUGUGCAGAAACUUUCACAAUGAUUGGACAUGGAUCAGUUUCUUGCAUUAGUGGAAGGUGGACCCAGCUUCCUCAGUGCGUUGCAACAGAUCAACUGGGGAAGUGUGAAGCGCUGAGGUCAACUGACAUAGAGACAAUUCAACCAAAUAAGAAUGAGUUUAAUCAUAACUCUAGCAUGAGUUACAAAUGUAGAGAAAAACAGAACUAUGACGUCUCAAUCUGCAUCAAUGGAAGUUGGGAUCCUGAACCAAACUGUACAAGAAAGGAAAAAAUAUCUUGUCCUCCUCCACCACAGAUUCCCAAUGCCCAAGUGAUUGAAACCACAGUGAACUACUUAGAUGGAGAAAAAGUAUCUGUUCUUUGCCAAGACAAUUACCUAACUCAGGACCCAGAGGAAAUGGUGUGCAAAGCUGGAAGGUGGCAGUCAUUACCACGCUGUGUUGAAAAAAUCCCAUGUUCCCAGCCCCCUGAAAUAGAACAUGGAUCUAUUAAAUUAUCCAGACCUUCAGAAGAAAGGAAAGAUUCAAUUGAGUCCAGCAGUCAUGAACAUGGAACUACAUUCAGCUAUGUCUGUGAUGAUGGUUUCAGGAUAUCUGAAGAGAAUGGAGUAACCUGCCAUAUGGGAAAAUGGAGCACUCCACCUCGUUGUGUUGGAAUUCCUUGUGGAGCUCCACCUUCAAUUCCUCUGGGAAUUGUGUCUCCUGAAAGAGACAGUUACCAAUAUGGAGAAGAGGUUACAUACAAUUGUUCUGAAGGCUUUGGUGUUGAUGGACCAGCAUUUGUUAAAUGUGUAGGAGGGAAGUGGUCGGAACCACCAAAAUGCAUAAAAACUGAUUGUGAAUUUUUACCCACAUUUGAAACUGCCAUACCAAAAGAAAAGGCAAAAAUAUCAUAUAGGUCAGGAGAACAAGUGUCAUUCAAAUGUCCACCUUCUUAUCAAAUGGAUGGCUCAGACAUUGUGACAUGUGUUAACAGCAGAUGGAUUGGAGAGCCGGUAUGCAAAGAUAAUUCCUGUGUGGAUCCACCAAAUGUGCCAAAUGCUGCUAUAGUAACAAGGUUCAAGGCUAAAUAUCCAUCUGGUGACAGAGUACGUUAUGAAUGUAAUAAACCUUUGGAACUAUUUGGAGAAAUGGAAGUGAUGUGUCAAAAUGGGAUUUGGACGGAACCGCCAAAAUGCAGAGACUCAACAGGCAAAUGUGGCCCUCCUCCUCCUAUUGAAAAUGGAGACAUCACCUCCUUGUCACAAACAGUAUAUGCACCAUUAUCAUCAGUUGAAUAUCAGUGCCAGCAAUAUUAUUUACUUAAAGGAAAGAAGAAAAUAAUAUGUAGACAUGGAAAGUGGUCUAAGCCACCAGUCUGUUUACGUGCAUGUGUAGUGUCAGAAGACGUUAUGGAAAAACAUAACAUAAUUCUCAGAUGGAGAGAAAAUGAAAAGAUUUAUUCUCAAUCAGGGGAGGAUAUUGAAUUUAUGUGUAAACAUGGAUAUAGAGAAGCAGGAGAAUCACCUCCAUUUCGUACAAAGUGCAUUAAUGGUCAAAUCAACUAUCCCACUUGUGUAUAAAAUUACAUUUAUUAGUUGAUUUCAUUAAUUAGAAAUGUAUAUUCAUAUUACUAAUACAUUUUCAAUAUACAUUGAAGUAUAGUUUAACUCAUUUCUUCUCAUAAAAAUAAACUUUUUGUUAUAUUGUGUUUAAUUUGUCAUUUUAAAGAUUAUUGUCAUAUACAAAAGCAGUGCUUUCAAAACUUCUAACCCAAAAUAUGAUAUGUCCAAAGAUUAUUUCAAGCAAGAAAAUAAAUGUACAUUCUUCAAUGACUGUUUCUAUUCAGAACUCUCUCAGAUUUUCCUGAAUACUUUUUGAUGUAAUGUUUUGAUUUACAGUGAAUAAAAAACAUAUUGACUCAUUC